GCUGUGAUGACGCAAGUCAAAUUGAACUAUUUUGUCCCUCUGAGCGCUCCGUCGGAAAAUUUGAGCGGAGAGGGUCAUAGGUAUGGCGUCCUUUAGGAUGAGAAAGUUGAUAACCAUGCCUGCAGGUCUGAUAUAUGCAUCUAUAAAUGUACAUCUGGCCAAAGAAGAAGAACCCAAAAAGAAGCUACUGAGACCAGAACAGCUUCCAAUAUAUGCUGCACCACCUCUCAAUUCUAAAUAUGUUGAAGAAAAGCCUGGUUAUCUACAAAUGGGUUUUGCAUCCAUCCGUACUACAACUGUUCAUUAUAUUGGCUGGUGCAAGGGUGUUUAUGUCUUUAUAAAGAAUGGGAUAAUGGAUACAGUACAAUUUGGAAAAGAUUCAUAUGUCUAUCUGAAGAAUCCUCCUCAAGAUUUUCUGCCCAAAAUUGGAAUAAUUACAGCUUCAGGACUGGCAGGUUUCAUUUCAGCAAGAAAAGGUUCUAGGUUUAAGAAGAUUGUUUAUCCACUAGGACUGGCCACGUUAGGAGCAACAGUGUGCUACCCAACUCAGUCAAUAAUACUUGCAAAGAUAACUGGGAAAAAUGCAUAUGCUACAAGCCAACAAAUUUACCAAGCCAUUAAGUCACUGUGGACAAAAAAAAGUAAAGAAGAAUCACUCCCUGAACCAAAAGGCGAAACUAAGGUAGGAAGUCCUGGUGAAAUACAUGCCAAAACACCUGACCUGAAACAUUCAGUGUCUUUGCCAAAGGGACUUGCUUCUGUGACAAAGAUUAACUCAGAACCCACUCCAGGUACUACACAGUUUAUGCCUGACCCCAAGCUCAUGGACCAUGGGCAGUCUCAUCCAGAGGAUAAAGAUAUGUACAGCACUAGAAGCUGAAGUAGAUUACAGCGGGAGGGAGCCUGCAUAGAGAGCUGCAAGAUGUACUAAAUUGCAAACAAUGAUGAAAAAGUAUGCAACAAAUGGGUCACUUAAAGAGCAUGACUUGAAUUUUUCCAUGACAUUUUCAAAUAAACAGUUUGGACAAUGAUGAAAAUGGUUAAGCCAUAAAUUAUUGAAUGCAACACAAUAUUAAGUGAUUGGUGAGGGAAACGAGAUAUAGAAAUACUAGGAAUACAUUUCAUGACUUGUAAGAGAAUUUAC